AUGGCAAUGCGGCGGGUAACGGUGCCAUUGGUCGCCGGGCUGGUCGUGGUGGUGUUGUCGCUGCUGGCUGAACACUGUUGGGCGGAUGGUGGGGGCCCAAGCCUUGCUGAACGAGUUAUUUGGGCAGUGAACGCUGGCGGGGAAGCUCAUACAGACAUGCAUGGCAUUAAUUUCAAGAAGGAUCCAUUGGAAGGAAAGCUUGGGAAAGGUGAGUCUAUGUAGGCAUGGCUGGGUCAUCAAAAUGGCCCUAUUAGCUUGGCUAACUAUUUCCUGUUAAUAAUAGCAAAGGUGACUGCUAAAUUGAAUUGAACGCUUUAGGCAGCUAGUCAGAUCUGUGUGAAAUGAGCUACAAUUGUAACCAUUUGGCUAAAAGCAAGUUAAAUAUUUGCUUCUGCCAGAGGGUGAUCAUGUUGUUGUAGAGAUUUGUAUUUCCCAUAAGAAGAUAUGUAAAGCUAACUCAUGCAUGGUUUUGACUUCCGCUAUUGAAGCUAUUUAACCCAAUGAAGAGUCUGCAUUAGUAGGGCUGUCAUAUUUGUUGAGCUUCUCCCUCGUAAUUGAAGCACCUCAUGGAAGAAUAGUAAACCCAACUGUGAUAAUGACUGAUGAUAUUCAGAAAUGUAUUUCUUUAAAAGUAAUUGGAAACUAAUAACAUGAGCAGUUAACAGUAAAGUAUAAUGAGGUAAAGGAUGCAUUGAUGAAAUUUCAUGUUUGAUGUUGGAUUAUAGCAACUAUGCUUAGUUCCACUGCAUGUUCAUUGAUUUUUAAAAACACUUCAUUCUGAAGGACAUUUCAUAUUGUUUCUGACAUCCAUCCCACUAAAACUAAAGACCAAAUGGGUCUGUCUGCAAAUAGAAACCAGACAGCUAAGGAAACACUGACACUUGACACAGGUAUAUCGCCUCCCACUUGCCAGAACAGAUACAUCAUGAAUAUUUUAACAUGCCAAGCUAUGGUUAGCCAGCAAGUUUGCAUCUCACGUUUUUAAAAGGACCUUAUCAGCCAUAAAAUGCAUGUGCUAUUUUCCUGGUUUUCACAGUUUGUGUGCAAAUACAGUACAAUAAAUAAAUGUAUGCAGGUAUCACUAUACUGUUCGAGUACAUGGGUAAGCAAAUGGGUUUGUAUUGUGUAAGCUUAUGUAAGGAGUGUGUUGGGUGCAUAUGUGACAGAAUUGCUUAUAAAUCGACAACGUAGUGAACAAUCUACUCUGUAUUUCCCUCUAGCUUCAGAUUAUGGAGUGCGUCUGCCCAUAUUGCGCUCUAGUCCCGAGGACCAGAUUCUCUACCAGACAGAACGCUACAAUGAGGAUACUUUUGGCUAUGAGGUGCCGAUUCGUGAGGAAGGAGACUAUAUACUUGUCAUGAAGUAUGCAGAGGUCUACUUUGCCCAGUCUCAACAGAAGGUACGACUCAGAUUCCAAUCAAAUCAUCAAAAUAUGUUUUCUGUUUACAUCUCAAAGUUAUCACGCCUGUAAACAUGAAGUCAUAGUAAUGUUAUUCUAAUUUGGCAGCAAAUAAUGUUGUUCAACUUAGAUGAUGUUGAUAGUCUCCAAAAAAAGACAGUUUCCAACAGAUGUUUUAUUGCAAGGUAAUUGAUUACAAACUUUGACAAACUUGUGCACUUUGGACUGAGGAUGUCUCAUGCUAUUUUCAUGUUGCAAAUCUGUCUGACUGAAAUUAUCCAUUCUCUAGGUAUUUGACGUGCGUCUUAAUGACCAUGUGGUGGUGAAAGAUCUGGAUAUCUUUGAGCGGGUGGGUCACAGUACAGCUCAUGAUGAGAUUGUGCCCUUCUCCAUACGCCGCGGUAAGCUGAGUGUCCAGGGGGAGGUGUCCACCUUCAACGGCAAGCUCACUGUGGAGUUUGUCAAGGUGAGUUGACACAGCCAAAGUGUGUCACUGCUCAAUGUUUUCUCCUCUCCUCCUGACCCAUUAAAAAAAUAUUUUUCAGAUGCAUCCUCAAAUUAAACAGUCAAGUACAAAAUUGUCUUACCUGCACACAACUCUGAAUGUAUGUUUGUUUAUGAUUUUCUCUGUGUCACUAAUCUUUUUUUGUGCAAAUAAUGGUAGGACAGUGUUUCUCUGCAUGUUCAUUCGACACAUGGCUUUAUCUCUGCUGUGAACUGAUAACCUGCCCUAUGUUUUCUCAGGGUUAUUACGACAACCCCAAGGUCUGUGCUCUGUACGUGUUGAAGGGGACAUUAGAUGGUGAGCCUCAUCAGUCUAUUAACAGGAGAAUCUUCAGCAGUGCCAGUCAAAAAUAGGACUUUCUAAGAUGUUGUCUUUAUAAUUCUGAAAUUAUUAAAACAAUUAUAAUGGCAUGUCGUAUUAUUACAAAAUUAUUGCUCCCUUUUUUGUUUUAAUCUCGCAUUCCUUUUCAAUAACAUUAUUAAUUGGCUGCUCAAUUAAUUAAUUGUAUGCACAAUCCAGUCUAAAGACAUCACACCCUCUCCUCAAUGUCUUACCUCUAAAUUCUGUAUGAACUUAAUUUCACUCAACCCUAUCUUUAAACCCAUGAUAUCUCCCAUAUCUAUAUUUUCUGCAUCUCAGAUGUACCAAAACUCCAGCCUCACCCUGGACUGGAGAAACGUGAAGAACUUGAGGAGGAGGAGGACGAGGAGACUGAGGCAGGAGAGGAGGGUGGUAAGAAGAGUACCACAACAGCUCCCAAGUACAGGGUCCAGUCAGGCCCCAGAACGCCAAACCCGUAUGCGGCCGACAAUAGCAGCCUCAUGUUCCCUAUCCUGGUGGCGUUCGGGGUGUUCAUACCUACACUCUUCUGCCUGUGUCGGCUGUGA